AUGGUCUUUACCGGUUCUCGGGAUGCUGGCACUGCCGGUACAGGCGGUUCUGCUCGAGGUGAUGAACAUGUGGCUUGCCUAAGCUGCUUGCAACCUGCUACUGGUUUACCUAGCGUUUUGUAUUCUAAGACUCACUUCAAAGGAGCAGUAGCGCCUCUGAGUAGCAGCUACGGACCCCUUCGUUUUCGUCUUAUCGGCGGCUUCGGGCUGGUGUUGGGUGGGUUGUUGCUUGCUGUCGCUCAUCCCGCUUCUGCAGCAAUUGCAAACACAGGCAGCAACAGACAUUUUUCUAAUUCUUUCGCCCCAAGUACGCUGCCCUCGUCCGCCAGUGAAAUCCUGGCUUCCCCCAACACUUACGUCGUUUCUGGAGGUGACCGCGGGGAAACCGAGGGCUCGAUUCGUAAAGCCUUGUUGGAGCAGCAGCUUACAAACCACCUACGCGCUGUCGAAGUGGCACGCAGAAGCCAGCAACAGGAAUUGGAACUUUCGAGGAGAGCAUCACCAACAGCAGCAUCGACACAACCACCAGGAAUCGCUGCAGCAACUGCAACAGCAGCAGCACUACCUCGAUACCAGCGGUGGGCCAAUGCAGCAGAAGACAAAGAGGAAGACAGCAGCGCUUCGAAUGGUAGCUACGAUGACCGUAACUACAGGAAGCCUGUUGCAGCAACUCCGUUUUCUCCCGCCGUUGCCGCUAAUGUUCCUGGUGGUGCAACCCCUUCUGCUGUGGCCCCUGCUAAUACGGGCUCUGCAACAGAUCCUCGCGUCCAGCUCCAGGCCUUGCAAGAGGCUUUUGAGGCUCACCUGGAGGAGCAACUGGCAGCAGCGCGCCUAGAGGGAGCCCGUCUGGAGCGCGAGCGGCUGGAGAAGGAGUAUGCACGCUUGGAUCGAUAUAGGGAACGAUCCCAGGAAAUACGAGCUGGAGAGAGACACUCUGUGGUGCCGCGGGAAAGGGUGGAGAGGCAGAUCCGCGGUUCGCACUUAGUUGUUCAGUCACCAGUAGACAGCAGAAACGGCACCAGCAGCAGCAGCAGAGGCAGCGACAGCAGCAGCGGAUUGUCAUCUCGCGAGGAGGUAGGGCACCCGGUGAUGGUGCUUAGAGAUCCGCAUGGUCCGGAGUCUUCACAUACACGCAGCAGGACGGAGGUACGGCAGCAGGAGAGACACAGCCAGCAGUACCCGAGGCCUGUGGAGCCAAUGGACAGGCAUCCAGAGAACCGCAGCAGUAGCACCUUGCAGACAGAAGAGGAGGCGUUGGAGGCAACACGAAGGGAGAAAGAAGAAGCUAUGAGAGAAAGAGAUAUGCUCCUACACCAGUUGCAGCAGCUGCAAAGGCUACAAGACGAGCAGCACGCGCUGCAAGAGCAGGCUGAAGGAGACAGGAAACAGAGAGAAGCCGAAGAACAAGCUGCGAGGGGCAGAAACAACGAUGAACAGCAGCAGCAGCUACUCCGGCAGUAUCAUGACCAGCAGCAGCAUCGUACAGAGGUCCAGAGAAUGCAGCGCGCCGGAGAACAGCAGCGCAUUGUGGACAACUCGGAAAGAACGCAACAAACCCGCCAGGGCGCCUUGCGUGUCGAAGCGCUCAGCCAGAGCAGCCAAACAGCUAACAGCUACAGCAGCAGCAACAGCAACAGCAACACUGGAACUAUUGAAGCCGUCACCGGUCAUGUCUCCCGAGUGAGGAACUCCGUUCAGCAGCAGCAACAGCAGCAGAGCUCUGGCCGUGUUGAGGAGGGAGGCAGAGGGGAGAUACUGCACAGGCACCAGGGACAGCAAACGGAGAGGGGCGGUGACCUCGCUGAGAAGAUAGACAGCCUGAUGCAGUCACUGCAAACUGCGCUGCCGCAAAUCCGGGUCAGAGAUAGAAACGGGGAUAGAGAUAGCAGUUUGCAAAAACAGGAAACGGAGACGGCUUCAGAGAUCCUCACAGACGCCAGAGAAAAUCAAAGGCACCUGCCCCAUCCAAGGCCGGCAGGAAGCCCAAGCAGCAGCAGCAACAACAGUAGGAUAAAUACCAGCAGCAGCCAGCAUCUACCUGCCGCGCUUCCCUCCCCGCCUGCUCAGCGAACAACAAUGUCCUCUGGAGGGGCUUCUGCUCCUGCACCAGCAGUGGUAGCCCAUGCAGGGAACGCUGGCGUCAUCCCGCCCUCCAUUAGCGGCAGUCCGUUGCAAGCUGGGGGCUAUAACUUGAGGAAUUACCGCAACAGCAACUUGACUGUAUCUGUUCCUUUGGAUUCCUCCAAUCGGCAGCUGGUGCACAGAGAAAAGAAGAGCAAAGCAGCAACCCAGGACGCCGAUGCUGACGAUGCAGCAGAACGCAGCAGAAAGGAAGAAUGGCAGGAUCAAAGCUACAAAAGAGCGUACGAGACCGGAGAAAUAACAGUGCAGGAGAACGUAGAUGAAGCAAAGGCAGAGACAGGCGAGGCUGCGCUUCCCAACAGAGGCAGCCGCAACAACAUGGAUUCCACUGAGCAUACAGCGGACGAGCAGCACCCUGCUCUACAGCAGAGCGAUAUAAAAAACCUGUCUAGCCUGCCACCUCUCGCGGCCUCUGCAGCAAACGAUGCAGAAGAAGCAUACACAAACGAAGUGAGGCUGCCGACCUCAAUCCCCUCCCGCGCAGCAACACUCAGGAAACGCGAAACUCAAAAGGCGGUAAUGGCGGCAGGUUCCACGCAGGAACAGCAGCAGCAUGAACCCGAGGAGCAACAGAAAGAGCACCAACAACCGGAGGAUGGAGGUUUCUUUGUGCAACAAGGCGGCACGCCGUCUGUGCAGGUGCGUCGGCUGGCGGCAACGGACAAACCAGAGGCCGAAGCUGCACCACAAAACGUGGAAGAAGAAGAAGAGAAAGAAGAUUAUAACGAAGAGGAUGACUUGUAUGAAUUCGUUUGGGAGGCCGAAAAUCAAGACGACUCAUUAGACUGGACUCAAAAUGCAAUUAAAAAUAUGAACGGAGAUAUAGAGGCAGAGACGCAAACACCUCUCGUACUGAACCUUCAACAGAGAGCCACACUCUUGCAAAACGCAAAACAACAGCAGCAGCAGCUUAAGCAAAAGCGCCUAGCUGCGGCAGCAGUUGCUGCACGCGAUGAGGCAAAGGCUGCAUCAAAUAAUAGUGUAACAACUGCACCCAACGUGGGAGGAGAGGACGGUACUGCAGCCGCAGCACCAGUCGACACUGCAGCAGCAGCAACACCGACGUCGUCGGAUUUGGCGAAAAUUAGCAGCAGGGCCUUGCCGCGUUCUCUCGCCGGUCUAAGGAAGCGGAGGCGCUAUCAGCAGCAGGACGAGGGCCGGCGCAGCAGCUCCUCAGGUUCUCUAGAAGACGACGACCCUUCCUUAGCAUCAACCGACGAGUUCCCCGUUGUUGAGCUGAGUACGUCUUCCUCUCGACCUCCUCCCUCUGGCCCGCAGACGCCCUGGAUCGGCGCUGCGUGGCAGAGCGGCAGCAGCAGCAGCAGCAGUGCAGGGCAGCAUGGUCUUGAAGACGGAGCGAACUAUCCUAACACGCCCUACAGAACUUAUAUGUAUUACCCAAACCCCUUCAGCAGCCCCUACAGCACUCAUUCAUACCGAGAGGACUACGGAACCGUCUUUAACAACUUGUACUAUCAUGACUCUUCCCCCAAGAAAGUGUUGUCGUGGAAAGAAUACAUGCGCAGAAAAGAAGAGAAAAAGGCACAGGAGAAACGCUUGCAGGAAGAAGAAAACGAACCCAAGGUAGGGGUCCUUCAGCUCAGGCCGGCUGCAGGACAGCAGCAAAUUGGCAUCAUCGACACAAACGGACGCAGAAGCUACCAGCGCUCAUACACAUCGCCAUCUCAACGCUCCCCAUACAGCAGCAGCUCUAGAAGCAGUAGCGCCACUGCCAGCAGUAGCACCAGCAGUGCUAGUAUUGGAGCGAGUACAAGCAGACCAUCUCAAACUAUUAGAUGGGCGCCUUCUCCGUCCACCUUGCAGAGCAGCAGCAGCAGUAGCGAAAGUAGCAGCAGUAGCGACAGGAAUAACAUCGGAAGCAGCAGCAAUACGACGCCCCAAGUAGCCAGUGUGGGGUCUUCUGCCUCACCACUACAGAGCAGCAGCAGCAGGUCACCCCAAGCAGUGAGUUGGGCGUCUUCUGCCUCACCCCUACAGAGCAGCAGCAGCAGGCCACCCCAAGUAGUCAGUUGGGCGCCUUCUGCCUCACCGCUACAGAGCAGCAGAAGCCGUAGUGGCAGAACUUCAGUCUCCUUCACUCCGUUCAGCUCCACUCCAACACGCCGCUUUUUGUCCGACCAGAAGCAGCAGGAGCAGCAAUGA